UGUUCGACCAAACAAAGAAAUUAUUACAGGUUUAGAACAACUUGAUGUAAAUGAAGACAGAAUUUUCUUUUUGGGUGGAGUAUCCCUUUAAAGGCGGGGUAACCGGUUUCCCGAAUUACGCUUUAGACAACUGAGUCGGGCCGAGUACCAAAACAACCUUGUAGCCAAUCAGCAGUAAGCUGCACAGUGCACAGGACGGACAUUAGCCGAGCGCUCACGAAAGCGAAAGAUGGGGGUAGGGGUGUGUUUGUUUUGGUGAUCGGUCACCCCGCCUUUAAGCUGAACCUCUUUACCACUUCAGGGAGCUUCAUGUCUCUCUGUUGAAAGAGUAAACCUUUAUGUACACUAAAGACAUCUAUAAUACUCCUUUGAUGUACACUCUUUAAAAGGUUCUUCGAAGCCAUAGAAGAACCUUUAACAUCCGAAGAACCUUUCUGGUUUACAAAAAAAAGGUUCUUCAGAUUAUAACAAAGUAAGAAAGAGAUGGUUCUUUAAAGAACCUUUGGCUAAAUGGUUCUUUGUUGAACCAAAAAUGGUUCUUCUAUGGCAUUUAGUGACAUUAAAACAUGACACGUAUCUGUUACCAUAAUUUCCGGGUUGAAGUGGGAAUUAUCGAAUUUCAGAGCAUUAGUCUGUUUUGAACUAGCAAGAAAAUGAGCCACAUAGAGUUUCAGUUGUAUGUUGUUGACCGAUGGCUUGAAAUGUGAAUCUCAACUAAUUGAAAUGUCAUGGAUCACGAAACGAUUCCAAGAUUUAAUCUUGGUAAUAAGAGUGAGGCAUCAUAUGUUCAGAGGUCAUUGCUCUUAUCAGUGACAACGGUGUUGUUGUUACACCAAAUAUUAUCACUCUAUAACAUCACUUGAGAGAAGCUGCAGUCAUAUUAAGCUGACAAAUAAACUCAACUCUUGAAGUUCUGUGUUUUUGAAGAUUUUUUUCAAUGGUUUGGAAGUACUGUACAUUGUUCCUAUUAACUGUUGAUAAGCUUGCAAUGUCAUUGACAUUUGCCACAUACAAAACCACCAUGUUAUCACCAAGCUCAGGGUUGGGUGUGCCUUGCUCAUAUUGCGUAAUGUGAAUUAUUUUUGCGAUGAAGAUAACUGUGUUAUUACCUCACUAAGGUCAACCUCAAGCUCUACGUGUAGGCCAACAAUCAUUCGAUUUGGCCAGAUGCUAAAUGACAAAGUGUUUUGGUAGAAUACAAAACUACACUUCGCAUCUACAUUUGUCUGCUUAUAGGUGGUUUGCAGUUGUACCUUAACCAUCGGCGGUUGAAAUGUCUGAACUUGUACACGAACAAUGUUGAACAGAUUUCCUUCAAAAUCUUGAAUAUAAAUCUUUACUGGAAGAGUGUCCGUACAACCUACGUUAUCUUUACAUCAUACAAGAAAUGAACAGAAUAUUGCGAAAGUGUUAGGCAACGGUGUGCUCUUCAUAUAUAAAGCAUCAAGAGCAUCGGUCAUGUCGUCAGGUUUCUGUCAGACAAAAUAAUGGGGUGGAGAGAGAAACUCUUGCUUGGUUCUUUCUUUGUGUCUAUCUGCAUGUCUCCGCGGAUCAAAUGUGGUCCUGUGAAUGCAGUCGAAGUCUCAGGUUUGAAUGGUGAAAAUUCAACUCCCUUUGUGGCACUGAAGAAUCUUCUAUUAAGAAAAGAAAGAGCUGUUGAGUCAACAACUAAGGACUGUUCAGUGCUUUGUUCAGCCGUUAUAUUAACUUUUUAGACCUCCAAAAAGAUCUUGAAGAGAUGAAGAUUAAAUGUAAGGAUUCUUUCAAAAUAGCAAAGGACAAUAUUGAUGGUCUCAAAACUCAACUAGAUGAUCUCUUUAAACAACUUGAUCCUGCCAAUAGCCCAGCCAAGGAUGUUUUAGUCAUGUUGCAGAAGAUCAUUGACUUACAAGAGCUGGAUGUGAUACUAAACACAGAGAGAGACGGCACAAAGACCGCAAAGCUGGAAGCACGCCAAAGGGAAUCAGAAAAAGACCCCGUGGAUAUGAAGAAAGAAUAUUCAAGAAAUGUUGAAAUUUUCAAGCGUGCAGCAGGUUUGAAGAUAAGCACUGAGCCGUUAAAAAACAACAUGGCGACAUCAACCCUUCUUAAUGAAUUGAAAAAAUACCUGGAAGACAAGAUCAAGCAACCAGGCGAGCAAGAUGGGAUGUCAAAGCAGGUGCUGCAGAUAGUUAGAAUGCAGAUUGCGGCGAUGGACCUCAUGAACCAAAUCUCUGAGAAAUACAAGAGACAAACACAGAUUGAUGUAAUAAACACCAAACUUCAGGACACAAAUGACCUCCUAAAAGACCUGAAAGAGGAGAGAGGAGAUGCCAAAGAAGAAACCGCGAAAUACGACAAACACAUUGCAGCAGCGGAGACAGAAAUAAGGGACCUGAAUGCUGAGAUGUCCGCUCUUAAACAAACACUUCUACAACUUGAUGGUCAAAUAAAGGAAGCUAAUGCAAGAAAACAAGAAAUAAUGGACAAUAUUGCCAAAUUGAAGGGAAAGGACGAGCUGAUUUCAAGAAUUCUUACACUCCAGUUCGAAUGUAUGGAGGCAGUAAUAAGCGCGCAGGGACAAAUGAAAGCACAUGAAUUUCAAAUAACCGAUCUCCAGGCACAGCUCGAAAAGAAAGAGGAGAGAAACACAUAUCUCCAGGCUGACAAUUACAAUUUACGCAAACAGCUGUCUGAUCGGAAACAGGAAUGCACAGACAUGAUGGAGAUGUACAUGAAAAUUGAGACUGAUCUGACAGCUCAGAUAAGCCAGAUGUCUGAUUCAACCUCAAAAAACACUCUCCGGAUUAUUUCACUGGGCAUGGAAAUAGACCAAAUAAAGAAACAAAUCAACGCAGUUUCAUCUAACGACAAUUUGAAAGAAAAACUGGAUAGAAAAAUCAAAGAGCAAAACGAGAUAAAGGAGGAGCUUAAGAAAACUCAACGCAGCUCUGACAAAAUUUUACAGGUGAUAUCACAGAUGGAGGACAUUUGGAGACUACAGAGUGACGAUCCAGAUGAUUUUAAUCAAAUCAGUGGCCUGCAGAAGAUUCUGCUGAACUUGAUCGCAGAAUUAGAUGACGAUUCUACAAAAUCCAUGCUGAAAAUCAUGGCCCUUCAGUCGGAUGUAACCUGGAUAAGAGAAAUGCUGAAGACUGUGACUAACCAGGCUGAGAUGCAGAAAACUGAUCUUCAAAGGAAACUCAAAAACAUGGAGAAUUUGCUGAAUGAGAAAAUGAAAGAACUGGCGGCUGCAACCAGCGACAGCAGUCAGCUUGAAAAAGAAAUUGCUGCACUGAAGAAAAAAGUGUCGACGCUGGAAAUCCAGAUAGAUGAGGCAGAAAAGAUGGCAAAGCAGCAGAAAAAAGAACUUGAAGAACAACUAAAACAGCAUGCUAAGGAAUUGAACGUCGCAGCUAAAGAACUGAAUGAAAAGGGUGCCAAAAUAGCCCAGCAAUUUAAGAAGAUAAACAAUCUGCUUGAUGAAAUGAAAGACAUGAAGCAGCAAAUGCAAGAAACGGAAGCACGGGUCAAUGCCAGAAUAUCUGGCCUUCAGGACAACCUAAUGAAGAAAGAGGAGGAGAACGCCCGAAUCCGAGAAGAGAAUAAAAAGUUGAAGCAAGAUCUUAAAAAGACGGCAGAAUGCCCUGAACUCAAAGCACAGUAUGAGAAAACGCAGGCCGAAUAUAACGAAACCGUGUCUAAAUUGAGCAGUACAAUCCUUCAGAAAGUUUUUAUCAUUAAAAAUCUCAUCGAUGAAGUGGAGUAUCUGGACAAGAAACUCACAGAAGGAACGGCAGAUAGCGAAGAACUGAGAAAUGAACUGGAAGAAAAGAGAAAAGAACUGGAGGAGGCAGAGCAGAAACUGAAAGCAGAGGGAGACGUCUCAGCCAAAACUCUAACCGUUCUUCAACUACUAACCGAGGUAUGGAAACUCCAAGAGAACCCAACUGAAGAGAAUUUAGCAAAGAUCCGCAAUCUGGAAGCAAAACUGCAGGGUCUGUUGACUGAGUUGGAGACCUCGGGAGAGAAGGGGCUGGAUCUGGCCUUGAAGAUGAUCUCUAUAAAGGAAUCAAUGGCCAGACUGAAAAAGGCACAAGAUAAAAUGCAAGAGCAGUACACAGCGGAAAUCAAUGGGCUGAAGAAGGAAAUAGACGACAAGGAAAAAGAGAUUGUGGUGUUGAAAGCAAACUGUGAUUCGUCAGAUCAGCUGAAGGAAAGGAUAAAACAACUAGAGAAGGAGGCUACAGAAAGCAGGAACAAAUCAAUAAAGCUGCAAGAAGAGGCUAGAAAGAAGAUCACAUCGAUACAGGAACAACUUACAACAAAGAGCAAGCAACUUGCCAACGCUGAAAAUAAACUACGAGAGACAAGCGCCAAAAAUGCUGAUUUGAUCAAGAGGCUGAACGAACUGAAAGAAGACUUGAAGAAAAUCACAGAGGAGAAAAACGAUUCGCUUAAGAAAGCACAAGAUGAAAUCUCUGAAUUAAACAAGCUGUUGGAAGAUCAAAGAAAGGAGAUUAUUAAACAGGACGUGAAACUGAGAGAGAAGGACAAAACCAUUUCUACAGUGCAAAGAGAACGGGAUCAUGUGAAGGAUGAGCUUGAGAAACAGAAGAAGAAAAGCAAUGAGCUCGAGACGCAGUUGAAAACCAAGGAGCAGCAACUUGCAAAUACUGAAGGCGUCCUAAAGAAGAUGAAAGAUGAAAACGAUGCUUUAAUACUGAAGCUGGACGAACUGAAUGAAGCCUUUAAAAACCUUACAAACAAGAAAAACAACUUGCAGGAACACAUCUCUGAGUUAAAUAAGAAACUGAAAAGACGAGAAGAAGAUCUCGUUGAGAAGGAACGCAGACUUAAAGAGAAGGAUGAAGACGUGUCUACAUUGCAAAAGGAACGUGAUGAUUCAAAGGCUGAGCUUGAAAAAGAGAAAAAUAAAUACAACAAUGCAAUCAAUGAGAAUGAGAAUCUUCGAGAAAAACUAACUGAAACUAAAGCGGAAGUGGAGAAACUUCAGAAAAUCGUAAAAGAACAAGAAAAACCCAAGCCUGAAUGGCCGAGGUUAGACCGGAAAACCGCACACCGCAGACUCGUCCUGUCAGAGGAUGAAAGAGAGGCACGUACCUCCCUACAGCCGCAGCCCGUCCCCAACAACCCCGAGCGGUACGACACGGCCAUUGCAGCUGUGGGACGGGAUGGAUAUGACAGUGGAAGGCAUUACUGGGAAGUAGAGGUGGCUGGAAGAAACUGUUAUGUCGUGGGGGUGGCCAGGGCAUCAGCUCAGAGAAAGGGUCUUAUACAUUAUAGUCCUCGAGGUGGCUAUUGGGUUAUUCUAAAGAAAAGAGAUGGUACACAUGUUGCCCUUGCAGAUACACCGGUUUUGCUUGAAAUGGCCAAGACAACUAAAAUCGGGGUCUUGGUGGAUUUUAACAGUAAAGUGAUAACUUUUUAUGAUGCAGUCAAGAAGCGUUCGGUCUGUCAGUUUACACGCAUCGAGUUUCUGGAAACUCUCUAUCCAUAUAUUGAGACAUGCAGUGACUCUGAUAUCAAUGACCCGCCUUUGAUCUUAAAGAAAGCUCAAUCCACUGAUUGGAUCACGCAGUGAUGACAAAAAGUCGAUACAAAGAACAUGCAUUUAUCUCCUUUAAUGUUUUGACUUGUGACUACUCAUUGCUUGCUCGAAUGUCUUUGCUUUGAAAUUUUUAUAUAUUUCUGUGAAUCGUUGAAGGGUUCACCCUAUAUAGGGCCGUCAGAUUUUCACUACAUGAUUGUCGUGGCCAACAUAAUUCACACCAACUAUAUUAUUGCACUGUCUAUCGUUUUGUUUUUUGAAGAAAUAAAUAAUGCUAUCAGUCAAA